UCCGAUUGAUCAUCAGUGUGCAGUUAAUCGUCGAUUAAGCGAGAACGUCCUUACGGUUCGGGUUCAAAAAAAUAGAGUUAUACGGAACAAGUUUUAGCUUUCCGGUGCAAGUUAAGUGUUUCCAAGUCUUCAGUGAACGGACUUAGUGCGCAAAGUUGGACUUUUGAUUUUCAAGGAGAAAAGUUAAGUGGGAAGUGAAAGGAUGUUGAAGCAAGGAAUGUUCAAAAUAUGCUACAACAAGGCCCGCUGGAGUGGCAUUCGGAUUGUUCCGGCCAAGGCCCCGUCGCUGUAUCAGGAGUGUGUUCGGGUGUUUGUGGCCGAGGUCAACCGGUCCAGUCAGAAUGGGAAGCGGAUUUCGGAGUUGCAGUUCCUGCCGACGGCAGCUUUGGUUAAUAUUUUCGAGGAAAUGUGCCAAUACCCGGCUCUGCGCGAGAAGCUGCGGGUCGAACUGGCUGAUCCGGUUCUGUUUAUGAGGUUGUUUACGCAGAAUCGAUACCGGUUGGUUCUGGAUCGUUGCAUCCGAGAAGCCUCGCUAAGCGGCAAGCCAGUCAUGAAUGAUCUUGCCAAGAACUACUGUGAUAUGGUGGGCAAGGAAAUUCGAGCCGGGGAACAGUUUUCCGAGCAUCGCAUUUCGUCCGGACUGAAGUUGGGCAACUAUCUGUACGAGGGCGGCUGGCUGAUGUCGAGUGCCUUGGUGCUAGAUGUGGUUGCGAUUAUGAUCUCGUUGCUAAAGGAGGAUGAAACACGCAAAAAGCUAGAGUUAGAUUGUUUCCAGCAGUUGCUGCGGGUUGAGGGGCUGUUCGAGUUUGAUCAUUCCGCCGAGACAUGUGAGACGUUGAAAUCGCUCGUUGCGGACGUCACCGACAGUGAUAUACUUGUUAGAACUUAUCUGGUGAUCGCCAGAUAUUACCACAACACCGAUCGUCACGAUCAGUGCCACGAGUGGACGCUGAAAGCCUUCCACCUCAUCAAAGAUUCGACUCCGGUCGAUGACGUCAUCGAGGUGCUCCAACUGAAGGCACUCUAUUGCAUUUCUAAGAAGCGCUUCGACCUUGGCAAUAUGCUAAUCAGCCAGGCGAUUCAGCGUGCUCGAAACCACUACGGAAGUCUUCAUCGUCGCUAUGCCGAUGUCCUUCAAACGUAUGGCCGCUGUCUGAUGGAUAUGGAAGCCGUUUCCGAUGCCGUGUCAAUAUUUAUGGAACAACUCGAUGUCAUAACGCGACUGUACGGAGACAACUCGCCUCACGCACCAGCCAUCAUGGGCUUUCUGGCUUACGGUUUCUACAUUCGCUCGCACUCCACCGGGCGUUUUGAUAUGGCUUUGGACCAAAUCGAUAAGGCAAUCGCCCUGUCUAAACAACUGGAGCUGCAGUGCCACACCAUCGGCCAUCACGAGCUGCGCGAGAUGAUCGUCCAAGGUCGCGAUCCAAAACUUAAUGGAUUCAAGGAAAGUCAACCCAUUAAGGCCCACAAGUACGAGAGCUUCAGUUUUCCCGAAAUCCGUGAAAAGUACCUGGAACUUCAUUCCUCCUUCGAUACUGUUUGUUGUUAAUUCUACACAACCGAUCCAUCCGUUUUUAUUUGCUUAUGUUAAGCUACCAUGAAAAGACUUUAUCGCCAUUUAGCUAGUUUUAAACGUUACAAUUGUAUAAACCAAUAAAUAAUCAAUAAUCGAAACAAAUCUUAAACAAA